AUGAGGAACGUGGUAGCGUACGUCAAGACGUUGGACAAGACGCGGCCCGUGACCGCCGCCAUCUCCCGACAGUUCUACGAGGACAAGGUGGUCCAGCACCUGGACGUGGUGGGCGUCAACAGGUAUUACGGCUGGUACAGAGACUCCGGCCGCCUGGAGGUGGUCCGCACGAACACGGAGAACGACAUGGCGAACUGGCGGCACAAGCACCCCAGUAAGCCGUUCCUCAUGAUGGAGUACGGCGCUGACACCUACAGCGGCUUGCAUCAGCUGCCCGAGUACGUCUGGUCCGAGGAGUACCAGAUAUCUCUCAUGUCCGAGAACUUCAAGGCAUUCGACAAUCUUCGGAAAAAGGGCUGGUUCAUCGGUGAGAUGAUCUGGAACUUCGCCGAUUUCAUGACAGCCCAGACUUCGGCCCGGGUUGGUGGCAACAAAAAGGGCAUUUUCACCAGGGACAGGCAGCCGAAGUCUUCGGCUCACCACGUUCGUAGACGCUACUUCGCCUUGGCACAAGAGCUGGACGGCUACACUCUGCCAGAAGACCUCGCGCCCUACGUCUACACUCCCGUCGGAAAUGGAACAAACUACUUGUAGAAUAAACGAUCUAGUCCCAGUAUCUUGGAGCACUAGAGGGUCGAUGCGGCACUGAUACGUAUACCAGAAAUGGCGAGGCGAGUAUCACGCAUUUGGCCCCUGUGAGGACUUCCCCAGAGUCAGAGUCCACAUGAUGCUUGCCACAAUCACAAUGGACAUAAAGUGCAAACACUUAUUGUGGCAUAUCUAGGUUGGUGUUGUUGUUGCUUAUUUGCAAUCAAUGUACGACAGGCCUCUACAUUGGGUGUGCACCCUUUUAAACACUGAUCUCUUGAAAGUGAACCUAAUUUGAAUGAAUCAAAACCGUGGGUGUGAUGUGAUAUUCUAGUGCCUAUUUCACCGUGACAUGAACACUUUUUGUUGAAUAUGUAGCUGGCUGCUGCUGACUCAAAAAAAUACAAAAUAUAUUUAUACAAAAACAA